AUGUGUGUUAAUUAUUUGAUACUUCUCACGUUUUUGAAUUCAUUCGUGGCUGCUUCGAAUUAUGGAAGUGCUUCAGAUUGCCCGGCUGCAACGAAAUAUGGAACUGGCCCAGAAACACCAUGUACACAGCCUUCUGAUCCCAAUAAUAAAUCGAAAACCGAACUAGAAUCUUGGUUAACUGAGGAGAUUUUCAAUGUGAGUUAGACUGUGACGUGGACCAAGUGCCCACGCUGUGCUAAAACUCGUGAUUAGUUAUGAUUUUCUAGGAACUCUUCCCAAAAGCAAAUAUUGGUUGGGGACCAAAUAGUUGCUGGCCAUACUCGUAUGAAGCAUUUAUUAUUGCCUCGAGAUAUUUUCCGAAUUUUGGAACUGGAUUAAAUGUGAAUAAUAGUGUCUAUUCUACGGAACAAAACCGGAAAAGAGAUGUUUCGGCGUUUUUUGCGCAUGCGAUUCAGGAAACUGGUGAGAAUAAUAUCGCAUUGUAUGAGUGAGUUUUUUUUUUGGAAAUUAGUUAUGCAGACCUGUCGUUUUUGGGCGGCCGGGCCGGGCCAGCCCUUCAAAAUUCGAAAAAUGCGGGCUUUUUCGGCCCUCCGGCCCUUCUUUUUUUAUAGGAGGCUGUUUCAGCCCUUUUUUCGGCCCUUCAUAAUUUUUUGAUGACAAUUCGGGAUUUUUACAAAUGGAUGAUUUUGCUCAAAUUUUCUGCAUUUGGGCGACUUUCGUAAAUCAGAAUAAGUUAUAUUGGUGUUAGUGCACCAAUAUUUCUUCGAAGUAUUGUUUUUGGUGCAGGAUCGUAAUGGUGAAACACAUGAAUUUCAAUAAAUUUUACUUUUAUUAUCAAUCCACCAUUAGAAACACGAAAUUCGCCAAGUUUCUUCCGCCAAAAUGAAAAAAUUCGAAAGAAACACCAUUGAAAAAUAGUGCAUUUACACAAUAAAAUUUGUUGGAAAGGCCGGGCUGAGCCAGCCCAUUUUCCCUAUUUGGGCUGGCUAGCCCGGCCCUUCACAUGGCUGGCCCGAGGGCCGCAAAUAGCCGCAAAACGACAGGUCUGUAGUUAUGAAAUGGCAGAAAAAUGAAUUUUAUUUAUUUAUUCAAGUGAUUUUUUUUUCUUUUUUUUUUCAAAAUUCAAACCUUAAUUUUCAGCACAAUGAAUUCGACAGCUGCUGACAAUUGUUUCUAUCGUGGCGGUCUCUAUAAUUGGUUUGAAGGUGGUCCAGUCUCCUCAUUCCUCAAUCCAGAAAGCCCUGGUUAUCAACCAGCUGAUGGAGAUGCUUGCAUUAAAUCUGGACUCUAUUGCGCUUCAUCCAGCCAAAUUGAUUAUUUUUACAAAUGCUCCAAUGGAACCAGUGAUUCUACAUCUACACCUUAUACUGGUUGUUAUUUUGGAAGAGGUGCUAUCCAAAUAUCUUAUAAUUACAAUUAUGGACAAUUCAAUGAUUGGUUAAAGACACAGGAAAUUGAUGUGGAUUUGUUGGCAAAUCCAAAUUUGGUGAUGACAAAAAUGAAUCCACCUUUAGCUAUUAUGGCGUCGCUUUGGUUUUAUAUGACACCACAACCACCAAAACCCGCGAUGCAUGAUAUUGUUAUGGGAAAUUGGAAUGCUGGCGAGAAAAAUGAUGCUGCUGGAUACUCUGGCCCUAUCUUUGGACCAACUAGUCUUAUUAUUAACAACGAAUGUACUGGAGAAGAUUCAGCUGAUCCAGGACAAGGUGGAGAAAAUCGAAGAAUCAAAGCAUUCAAAUGGUUCUGCGGAUAUUUUGAUGUUCCUUAUGGCUCAGAAAGCACAUUGAGUUGCAAAGGAAUGCCUCAACAAUUCGACACAAUGUAUUAUAAUCUGAGCUACGAACCUGAUUGGUCAACGUCUUGGAAAGAUCAACCAUGCGAUUGUGCGCCAGCGAGUUAUGGAGGAAUGAUAAAUUACUAUGAUCCGAGUUAUUAUCCCGCGCAAUUUGUGGAAUUGAACGAGGCAAAUCGUGUGAAAUGCGUUGCUAGUGUCUACGCGAAUCCAUCAAUGUACUCUAUGGACAAUUCGACAUCACCUUGUUUGAAUUAUCCGAGUGCUUCUUAA